CACCACUUUUGGAGGCCAUGGAAGUAUAUGAAGAGGAGACUUGGAUUGACCGGGUCUAGGAGAAAAAUAUCUGCAAUUAGGCUAAUGAUAUCAGGUAUUAACCAGGACCUCUCAUCCGUUGUCUCUUAAAAACCCCCAUUAAAGCAAACAAAACUACCCUCCCAACUAACUUAACAACCUCCUAACCCCAUCCUGCUUCCCAAAAUUUUUGUUACCUCCUGAUUCUUUCUCUCUCUCUCUCUCUCGUUCAGUGCUAAAGAGAAAAGCUAACCUGCAACACCGGCUUUUGCAGCUGCUCCUUCAUUCCACCAAAACGUUCUCUUUAAGCAUAUCAUACCAGAAAACCCUAUCUACAUUUCGUCUCUUUCUUUCUCUAUCCCUCUGUUUCUCCAAAGCUCUGAUUUUUCUCUUGUUUGAAUUCUGAAUAUUGAUCCUUGGUCCUCAUGUGGCAGCCGUGGGGAAAAUCAACCGUUCGGAUUCAUACCCCAUCCCCAACUACAAAUUUCUCCUGCUCCUCAUUUAAAGAUAUCCAACAUCUCUGCAAAGACGAAACCGAGACACAAACUCCCAAUAAAUCUUCCAUCUUCCACCGAGUCCGUGUCGCCACAGCAGUCCUACGGUCGUGGGCACCCCACCCGGCCCAACAAGUAGAAACCAAUGCAGCAUCUGUGCCCGAAGAACCUCUCACUCCCUCUGAGCCAUUGAUCUCCAUUCCCGGCGCCGAGAGUCGCAUUGUUGUCUACUUCACCAGCCUCCGCGUGGUCCGCUCCACCUUCGAGGACUGCAGAGUCGUUCGGUCAAUACUCCGAGGCUUUCGUGUCUCCAUGGACGAACGAGAUCUGGCGAUGGACUCUGGAUUCCUAGAGGAGCUACAAGGGAUCUUGGGACAGACCAAGUUGACCCUACCUAGGGUUUUCAUCGGCGGGAGGUACAUUGGUGGCGCAGAGGAAAUUCGGCAGCUUCACGAGACCGGCGAGCUGAAGAAAUUCGUCGAAGGCCUGCCGGCGGCGGAGUCCGGAGUCUGCGAGAUGUGUGGCGGUUACGGGUUCAUUCUAUGCCACGAGUGCAACGGUAGCCACAAGUGUUACUCCGAGAAGGGUGACAGCAUUGGGUUCAGGAGCUGUACGUAUUGCAACGAAAACGGUCUAAUCAGGUGCCCUUCUUGUUCCGCUGUGGCACUUUGAUCCGUUCAAUCAGAAAAGAGAGGGAAAGGGAAAGAAACGGAAAGAGAAAAGAAAAUUGCAAAAAGAGAAGGGAGGGAGAAAAAACUCUGCCUUUCUAAUUUUAUAUUUUUCUUUUUGGGGGGUUCAAUUAGUUCGCUAGUUUCUUACCUAUCUGAUUGCUAGCCUUAAAGGGAUAUGAUCUUUGUAAAGUAGCUAACAUGAGGUGGAAGGAUCAUAACGUUGUGUUUCUGUCUAAUCAUGGAUCUUCAAAAGUAAUCAAAUUGGUGUGUAUCA